AUGCAAGAAGACGAGAUUGUUGGCACAUUUAAAUGGAAGAAAGAAGGAGAAGCACCAAAAAGCUCACGACACGUUAAAGCUUCGCCUGAUCCGACUUACUCGUUUGAUCCCAAAGGAAGUAAUUUAACUGAAGUUGAGUCCAAAGAACAUAAGACUGAUGAUAACAAACUUUCUAAAACGAGCAUCCUGAGGUACCUAGGAAUUCUUCUCUACAUGGGAGCUCACCAUGAUGUCAUUAAUCCCGUGGAAGAGCUUUGGUCAAUCGACCACGGAAAAUCUAUUUAUAGAAAUAGCAUGCCACUUGACAUGUUUAAAUUCAUUUCUUCACACAUUAAGACUUAUGAUAUGGGCCAGCCAGAUGAUGUUUGUGAUGAUGCACCAGACACUUCAGAUAAUGGGGAUGUCGAAGAAAAAGAGGAAGUUGAUAACGGACCAGAAGGAGAGUAUUUCAACUGCGGAAUAUUCAGAUCGAGAUUUCAGAGAUCUCUCUGA